CCAGGGAGGCACGAGGUGGGUUCCAGCAUGGUGACAGGACCAGCCAUGACUGGGACGUGGUACAGGCCCGGAAAGUGAUGACAGUCGGUGACAGCACCAGCCCUGGGUCCAGGGUGGCCCAGAAACCAGCCUUAGGCCGGAGCACUAGCUUCACUGAAAAGGAUCUGAAGGAGGCCAAGGCGUGGAGCCAGCAGAUCGCAGCCCAGCUGACCACCCCUCCCAGCUCCAACUCCCGAGGGGUCCAGCUCUUCAACAGGCGCCGGCAGAGGGUGAACGAGUUCACCUUGGAGAGCCGUGGCCAGAAGCCACCAAAGCAUAGUCAAGAGGCUCUCCCAGCAGGGCAUCCUUCGAACCCCACAGGCCAUGCCCCAGGGCUCAGUCUGAGACCUCCAUCUCCACCCAAGCCAGGCUCUCCAAAGCAUCCCAGCCCCCGAAGCCCCAGCAGAGGGGUCCCUGGCCACAUCAUGGAAGGCUACUCAGAGGAAGCCAGCCUCCUGCGGCAUCUGGAGAAGGUUGCCAGUGAGGAAGAAGAAGUACCACUGGUGGUUUAUUUAAAGGAGAAUGCAGCCCUGCUAACCGCUAAUGGGCUCCACCUGUCCCAGAGCCGAGAGGCUGAACAGUCCUCACCAAACCCUCCAACAACAGAGGCACACAGUCCAGCUGCAGACAUCAACCAGAACCUCUCCUCGCCCAAUGCUACACUCACCACACCAGCGUCCAACAGCCACCACAACCAGCCCACCACCGAUGUGAAUCAGAAUCCCCCAGCCGCUGUCACCCCUGUCCAACAGAAUUCAUCUGAGGCCCAGUAUCCCACAAAUGGCACGCCCGAUUCCAAGCCCAGCACUCCAUGUGCCGAUGGGCAGCCCCAGGGGCCAGCAGGGGAGGUGAGAUCCAGCAUUCUGCUGAUUGAUAAGGUGUCAGCUCCAUCCCCUGCCACCAGCACCUUCUCUAGAGAGGUCACUCCCCUCUCCAGCUUUGGGCCACCAGCAGCAGAUCUCAUGUCCAGCUCCCUGCUCAGUGACGUGCAGCCUAGCCACCUAGUGGGGUCAGCAGAGCAAGAGAUGUCCGGACGUGCAGCGGUCACCACGCCCACCACGCCCACCAAGGUGUACAGUGAAGUGCAUCUCACGCUAGCCAAGCCCGCAUCGGUGGUCAACAGGACGGCCCGGCCUUUUGGGAUCCAGUCACCAGGGAGUACCAGCCAGGUGGAACACAGCCCCAUGAUGGGAAGACGACAUUUUGGAGAGAAGGCCUGGGCUCCCUCGACUACCUCCAUGGUGGACAGGAGUCCCCAGCCUCAAAGGCACAUGAUGUCCCGCAGCCCAAUGGUAGAAAGGAGGCUGGUUGGGCAGCGAAGCCCAGUCCUGGAGAGACGCCCCUUAGGAAGCUUCACCCCACCCCCCACCUAUGCCGAGACUUUGUCAACAGCCCCAGUGGCUUCCCGGGUUAGGUCUCCUCCUUCUUAUUCUACUCUGUACCCCAGCUCUGACCCCAAGCCACCUCAUCUGAAGAGCCAGGUAGCCCCUGCCAACAAGACAGGCAUUUUGGAAGAGUCUAUGGCCCGCCGAGGCAGCCGGAAAUCAAUGUUCACUUUCGUGGAGAAGCCCAAGGUGACCCCGAAUCCAGACUUGCUGGACCUAGUGCAGACAGCUGAUGAGAAGCGGAGGCAGAGAGACCAUGGGGAGGUGGGCAUGGAAGAUGAGCCCUUUGCCCUGGGAGCUGAGGCCUCCAAUUUCCAGCAGGAACCAAUAGCUCGGGACAGGGUCAGCCCUGCAGCCGCUGAGGAGACUGUCCCUGAGUGGGCCUCCUGCCUCAAGUCACCCCGUAUUAAGGCUAAGCCGAAACCCACACCCAACCAGAACCUCUCAGAGGCCUCAGGGAAGGGAGCUGAGCUCUAUGCCCGCCGCCAGUCGCGGAUGGAGAAAUACGUCAUAGAGUCUGCAGGCCACACUGAAUUGGCCCGCUGCCCUUCACCUACUAUGUCCCUGCCGUCAUCCUGGAAGUAUUCUACUAAUGCCCCUGGGGGCUUCCGAGUGGCAUCCCUAAGCCCAGCGCGGACUCCGCCUGCCUCUCUCUACCACGGCUAUCUGCCGGAGAAUGGGGUCCUGCGCCCAGAACCUACCAAGCAGCAGCCAUACCAGAUGAGGCCUUCACUCUACGCUCUGUCUCCCGUCAAGGAACCUCCCAAGACCUCAUCCCGCUCCACCUCACCACGCACUCCGUCCCGCACUGUCUCACCUCGUGCCACCUCUCCAGCCAAGCCUAGCUCCCUGGACCUGGUGCCCAACCUGCCUAGGGCAGGCCUGCCGCCAUCUCCUGCUCUGCCUCGGGCUUCCCGCUCCUCCCCAGGCCUCUACACUGUCCCUGUCCAGGACAGCCUCCAGCCCACUGCCGUGAGCCCCACCUACAGCAGUGACAUCUCGCCCGUGUCUCCCUCCAGGGCCUGGUCUCCCCGAGCCAAGCAGGCCCCCAGGCCUUCCUUCUCCACCCGGAAUGCUGGAAUCGAGGCCCAGGACCGCCCCGAGAGCCUGCCCACGUCCCCGCCCUGGACGCCGGGCGCUUCCCGGCCCCCCAGCAGCCUGGACGGCUGGGUGAGCCCGGGACCGUGGGAGCCGGGUCACCGGAGCAGCAUGAGCAGCCCCCCGCCGCUGCCGCCGCCGCCACCAAUGUCCCCCUCGUGGAGCGAGCGCUCGGUCUCCCCGCUGCGACCGGAGGCCGAAGCGCGGCCCCCGAGCCGCCAGUUGCAGGCGCUUCUGGCGCGCAACAUCAUCAACGCGGCCCGGCGCAAGAGCGCCUCCCCGCGGCCAGCGGCCGCCGAGCCCCUGCGGCCCUUUUCCCCGCCGCGGGGGCCGCCGCCGCGCAUGCGCUCUCCGCAGCCGGCUCGCCCCGCAGGCGCCUUCCGCGGAGCCGCCUUCGCCCCCAUCCCGCGGAGCCCGCUACAGGUCGGGCCUCUGUCCUGCGCUAGUCCCCAGAGUCCUCAGGCCACGCCGUCCAGGCCUUUUCCCUACCGCCGCUCGCCCACAGACUCCGACGUGUCCCUCGACUCUGAGGACUCCGGGCUAAAGUCGCCUGGCAUCCUCGGCUACAAUAUCUGUCCUCGAGGCUGGAAUGGCAGCCUGAGGUUCAAGCGUGGUAGUCUCCCCACCGAGGCCUCCUGCACCACCUAAAGUUUCCCACCCUGGAAGGGCUGAGCCCAAAGAGGCACCAAGCUUGGGGAACU